AUGGAGGUGGCCGAGGUGGAGAGUCCACUCAACCCCAGCUGUAAGAUCAUGACCUUCAGACCCACCAUGGAGGAAUUCCGGGAGUUCAACAGAUACCUCGCAUACAUGGAAUCUAAAGGAGCCCAUCGAGCGGGUCUUGCAAAGGUGAUUCCCCCUAAGGAGUGGAAGCCAAGGCAGUGCUAUGAUGACAUUGACAACUUGCUUAUUCCAGCUCCGAUUCAGCAGAUGGUCACAGGGCAGUCUGGACUGUUCACUCAAUACAACAUCCAGAAAAAAGCCAUGACAGUGAAGGAGUUCAGGCAGCUGGCCAACAGUGGCAAGUACUGUACCCCGAGAUACUUGGAUUAUGAAGAUUUGGAGCGCAAGUACUGGAAGAACUUAACCUUCGUGGCACCUAUUUAUGGUGCAGACAUUAAUGGGAGCAUAUAUGAUGAGGGUGUGGAUGAGUGGAACAUAGCUCGCCUGGACACGGUCUUGGAUGUGGUUGAGGAAGAGUGUGGUAUUUCUAUUGAGGGUGUAAACACCCCUUAUCUGUAUUUUGGCAUGUGGAAAACCACAUUUGCAUGGCACACCGAGGACAUGGAUCUCUACAGCAUUAAUUAUCUCCACUUCGGAGAGCCCAAGUCUUGGUAUGCAAUACCCCCGGAACAUGGAAAACGACUGGAAAGACUAGCUCAAGGUUUUUUUCCAAGCAGUUCUCAAGGGUGUGAUGCAUUUCUUCGCCACAAGAUGACACUGAUAUCUCCCUCAGUAUUAAAGAAAUACGGCAUUCCUUUUGACAAGAUCACCCAGGAAGCUGGAGAAUUUAUGAUCACUUUCCCAUAUGGCUACCAUGCUGGUUUUAAUCAUGGUUUCAACUGUGCAGAAUCUACAAAUUUUGCUACUGUCAGAUGGAUUGACUAUGGGAAAGUUGCUAAAUUGUGCACUUGCAGGAAAGACAUGGUGAAAAUUUCUAUGGAUAUCUUUGUGAGGAAAUUUCAACCAGACAGAUACCAGCUUUGGAAACAAGGAAAGGAUAUAUACACCAUUGAUCACACAAAGCCUACUCCAGAAUCCACCCCUGAAGUAAAAGCAUGGCUGCAGCGGAGGAGGAAAGUAAGAAAAGCAACCAGGAGCUUCCAGUGUACUAGUUCUCACUCUAAGAGGCCUAAGAAUGAGGAGGAUGAGAAACUGUCAGCUACAGUUGGUGGGACAGAGGGACCCACUCCUGACCCGGAUGCAUAUGAUCUCAAGGAUGAUGAAAAGCCAGAAGAAGCAGUGAAACUAGCAAACACAGAAGCACCUUCAGAGAAAGAGACCUCUGUUAGCAGGAUGCAAUUGGAUCAUAAUUUGUCAGAUAAUAUCAGAUUCUCGGGAAACGUCUGCCUAAGUGCAUCUGUAGCAGAGAAAAUCACAGCUGAGGAUGACCAAACUUGUGCUGCAGUUCCACCUUCAGAUCCCAGUGAGGCUGACGAGUCCAUAUCUAGUGGCCAAGUGACAUCCGAGGAAUCAGAGCCACGCAGGCUUCCAUGGCCAAAGUCACCUGAGUCAUACUCCUCUGUGGCAGAGAGCAGCAGUGCUUUGACUGAGGGAGAAGAGAGUGAUGUGGAAAGCCGUGGCAGUGGCCUUGAACCUGGGGAAGACCCGGCGGUCUCCAGUAGCAAGAGAAAUGGCUUCAAAGUCCCCAGUAGAACAGAAGGUGAAACCAAGACUGCUAAAAGUUGGCGCCACCCACUUAGUAAGCCUCCAGCAAGAUCCCCAAUGACCCUGGUGAAGCAACAGGCAACAAGUGAUGAAGAGUUGCCUGAGGCUCCAUCAAUUGAGGAGGAAGUGGAAGAAACCGAGUCUUGGGCAAAGCCUCUGGUUCAUCUUUGGCAGACAAAGUCCCCAAACUUUGUGGCCGAGCAAGAGUAUAAUACAGCCAUGGGCCGAAUGGAGCCACACUGCGCCAUCUGUGCUCUGCUCAUGCCCUACUACAAGCCAGAUAGCAGCAAUGAAGAAAAUGAUUCUAGAUGGGAGACAAAAUUAGAUGAAGUGGUGACUUCAGGAGGAAAGACUAAGCCCCUCAUUCCAGAGAUGUGUUUUAUUUAUAGUGAAGAAAAUAUAGAAUAUUCUCCACCUAAUGCCCUCCUUGAAGAGGAUGGAACAAGCCUUCUGAUUUCCUGUGCAAAGUGCCGCGUACGGGUUCAUGCAAGUUGUUAUGGAAUCCCUUCUCAUGAGAUCUGUGAUGGAUGGCUAUGUGCCCGGUGCAAAAGAAAUGCGUGGACAGCAGAGUGCUGUCUCUGCAAUUUAAGAGGGGGUGCGCUUAAGGAAACUAAGAACAAUAAGUGGGCCCAUGUCAUGUGUGCCGUUGCAGUCCCAGAAGUCCGGUUUACUAAUGUCCCAGAAAGGACCCAGAUAGAUGUAGGCAGAAUACCUUUACAGAGGUUAAAAUUGAAAUGCAUGUUCUGCAGACACCGGGUUAAGAAGGUCUCUGGAGCCUGCAUCCAGUGUUCCUAUGGGCGUUGCCCGGCCUCCUUCCACGUCACAUGUGCUCAUGCUGCUGGGGUGCUGAUGGAGCCUGAUGAUUGGCCAUAUGUGGUGAACAUAACGUGCUUCCGACAUAAGGUCAACCCAAAUGUGAAAUCCAAGGCUGGUGAGAAGGGCAUCUCUGUGGGGCAGACGGUCAUCACGAAGCAUCGGAACACCCGGUACUACAGCUGCAGGGUUAUCGCCGUGACGGCGCAGACCUUUUAUGAGGUUGUGUUUGAUGAUGGCUCCUUCAGCAGGGACACCUUCCCUGAGGAUAUUGUGAGCCGAGACUGUGUGAAGCUGGGCCCUCCUGCCGAGGGAGAAGUCGUCCAAGUCAAGUGGCCUGAUGGCAAACUCUAUGGGGCCAAGUAUCUGGGAUCAAAUGUCGCCCACAUGUACCAGGUUGAAUUUGAAGAUGGAUCCCAGAUAGCAAUGAAGAGAGAGGACAUCUACACUUUGGACGAAGAGUUACCUAAGAGAGUGAAAGCUCGAUUCUCCACAGCUUCUGACAUGCGAUUUGAAGACACGUUUUAUGGAACAGAUAUAAUCCAAGGGGAGAAAAAGAGGCAGAGAGUGCUGAGCUCCAGAUUCAAGAAUGAAUAUGUGGAUGACCCGGUCUACCGCACGUUCUUGAAGAGCUCUUUCCAGAAGAAGUGUCAGAAGAGGCAAUAG